AUGAGCCCAAAUACGUUGGCUCCUAAUGACAUCCUCACGGAUGACAAUUACUUCAUGUGGGAAUUUAAUGCACGCAUGACACUCGCGCGCAAGGAUCUUUUGGAUCACGUUUUGAUUAAGCCAGAGCUGACAGUGCUGCGGGAGAAUCCCGGAUGGAUAGUCGCCGAUAUGAAGGCUCUGGCUGUACUGGUGAAGCUACUCUCUCCAACCUAUCAGUGCAUGGUUCGGGAAUGUGAGUCUGCGUUUGAAGCUUGGGAGGUUCUGAAGACGUUCUUUGCGAAGAAAAAUCUUCACAACCGAGUGCAACUUCGGAAAGAAUUACAUGAAUUUGUGAUGGAGACUGGUGCGAGUCUUAUGGACCAUCUACUAGAAUUUGAUGAGCUGUGUCUCAAGCUCGGAGCUGCCGGUGACAGCUGGAUGAUGAUGAAAGAUAGUUUUGCUUUUGGGAAGUUUAUCAUCCGAAUAUGA